ACUUUAUCCAUAUUUGCCACCUCAUUUCGCAUCAGAUGACUAUAACAUAUUGUUAUAAUGUUCUUGUUGAUGAACAAAGUGUUCUGCUUCAUUUCAAACUUCAUUUCAGUAUGAGAACUCUUAAAUACUGCAGUAUGAAGCCGAUUGCAAAAUGACUUUCAAGAUGGUUGCUUGUGAAGAAAAGUGGGUCAUUAUCAGCUGGGAGUAAUUACACUUCACCUCUUAUCUCGGUCAGAUUACGUGGCCAAAUAAUACUAUAGCUGUACUUUGGUCUAGAAUGAACUCUGGCCUCAUUCUGCUAUGACAAAUUUGUUGUACAUUCUCAUGACGUGUUUAGAACACGUUGGUUUUUCAUGUUUUGCUGGAGUGUGGAAGGAAGCUGCAUCAGAUCAACUGUGUUGUUAAUUGUUAGUGAAGUUGUGUUUCUUAGCCAUUGGGAUCAGUGAAGUUGUAUGAAAAGUCUCAAGAUGAAGAUGAAGUCCUAUGUAAUCCUGCUACUUGCAGUGUCUGUUAUUGCAUACGCCCAGUGUUAUGAAAGUGGUAAAGUGUACCGCUACAGUUAUGUCACAGACCUUGCUCUAAAUGAACCUCCAUCAAAUGUCCAUUCAUCAGCACGGAGAAAUACUGGCCUCAAGUUAGAAGCCACCAUUGAGAUGAGUGUGAUUUGGGCUCAAGAUACACAUCAGCUGAUGAAAUUAAAGGUUUAUGAUGCCAAGCUGUACAGUGCUUCAAAGAGCAGCAAGCAUAUUGACCUGGGACUCCUGUCUGACAAACCUGCAUACUUCAGCCGAGUUAAGGGUGUCAUCACGAGGGUCUAUGUUUCGGGAAAGGAAAAGACCCUCUCGCUAAAUAUCAAGAAUGGUAUCAUCAGUAUGUUUCAGUUUCAAACAAUGGACGGGAAAACCUCUGAGGUUGACGUGUCUGGUGUGUGUGAUGUGAUGUAUGUCUUGGAUCGAAACAUCAUCACCAAGACGAGAUCACACUGUUCAAACCUAGAGAUAGCAGGACAGUAUCAAAAUUCAAAUGAGUCUUCUGAUGCAAAGCCCACAUCAAAGCAUAAGUUGUUGGACAUCGAUCUUGAUGCAGUGUCUUCUACCACUUAUGAAUUGGCUGGGAAUGUAAUAAAAACAGCGGCCACAACCGAACAAUUCAUCACCCGUCUCAAUCUGAAGCGAGAUUUGGGAUGCAGAGUACAACAAAGGCAGCAUUUGAUGUUAGAAGAUGACCAAGGUGACUGCCCUGAUGAACUCCCUGGAAACAGCCUCGGAGAGGCAGUGGCUAUGCUCAAGAAAGCUCGUCUCCUGAAUGAAAUGAUGCUUAGCAGUGAUACAGAAGCCAAACAGUGUGGAGACGAAUGCGUGAAGCCAGCUGCUCUCAUGGAACAGUAUCGUGACCUGAUGUACAAGACCAGCAUGGCUAGAGUGGACACAGCAUCUGCCUUCAUUGAACUCGUAGAGAGCUUCAGAUACGCGAGCCAGAAAACAAUCAGGGAAAUUCUUGAUAACCCAGACAAUGCCUACAGCAUCCCGGAGUUGAUAGAUGUAGCAGUUGCAGCCCAGAAUACAGCAGCGCAGGAUGCUCUCCUUGAAUUUGUCGCCUUUGAUGAUGCCUACGAUGAAGAGGUCCCCGAGAGAUAUCUGUUUGCCACGUCAUUUUCCACUCAUCCUCCUGAACGUGUGCUCACUGACUUACUGUCAAUAGCCAAAAAGAACCCCGAGAGUCCCAAAGUUGAAGAAGCAACAUUGCUGGCCCUUGGAGCUGUAGUAUUUACAUUCUGUCGAGUGGAUGAUUGCAAGGCACAGAUCAUCACAGAUAUACGAGAGUUCCUGGAGCAACGUUUAGAAGCCUGCAAGGAACAAGACUGUCGUCUACACCACCUGCGUGCCCUAGGGAAUGCUGGGAUGCCAGAGAGUAUUCCCACUCUGCUGCGGUACGGGGAAGGACACACAGAUCAGGAGACGUGUCUGGCGGCCUUGCAGAGUCUGAGGAGGAUGGAGAGGAAGUACAUUGAUGAGGAGGUGAAGCAAAUUGUGACAGAUAUGUACUUCCAAACCUACCAUAACUAUUCAGUUAGUGUUAGAACUUUGGCAGCUACAAUCCUGAUCAAGUAUAAGCCAACAGUCGACCAACUCAGGAACAUUAUCCAGUCAACAAUCAGUCGAGAUGAGUUUGAGACAUCCACCUAUAUCUACAAAAGAAUACUGGAUGUUGCAAGACAAGAUAGUUAUCUGAGGAAGACUUUGGCAGUGGCCCUGAAAGAUAAAUACACUAACAACUACUAUGCAUUGUCUCACAAUGGAACGUCAAGUGCAUUUACUGGAUCUUUGGGAGAAACAGAAGAUGUUGAUGUCAAGUAUGGGCUGUUUAUUGAGAACACGAAGCUUGGUAUGCUGAGACGCAGCUCGAUGGAUGUGACUCUGGAUGGGAAGAGGCAUAGUCUACCACUCAUUUCGGUUGGGAUGUAUGCUGAGGGAAUGGAGUCUGUCGUCGGUACUGGUGAAGAGGAGGCAGCUGAGGGAUCGGGAGCAGAGGCUGAAGAAGCUUCUGGUGGAAUGGUGCUGACAUUCUUAGAUGUCAUGCUACGUCCAAUACAGUUCUUCAAGGGCAUGGGAGGAUUGAUGUCAGCUGUGUGGAGUGCCCCAAGUGAACCAGUGUCUGCACUCCAGGGCAACAUCCUUCUGCACGACUAUCACCGGCUAAUCCGGUUACAGAAUGGUCUUGUUGUUGAUCUAGACCUCAAGAGUUGCCUCUCACUCGAUCUAUCGGGCUCCAUCAGUAUCAGCCUAUGGAACAAAAAUUCUAAUUCCGUUGUUAGAAACAGUGGUGCUCUUGUGAUAAAUGGUAAGACAACAAUAGACGCCUCAAUCUUUAAGACCGGCUUGGACUUCACGGCAGAAUCCGAAUCAUUCAUGGACUUCACAUCUGAUGUAGACUUCAGUGACCAGCCAACUAGAUUAUGUUUGCAGAUGAGCCAACCAGAGUUGGAAUUCAAGUACACCACCAACCGCUACGAGACACUUCGAGGUGAAAUAGUGCACAAAUCUACAUACACUAACACAGAUGAGUUCCCAGCAUUAUCAUAUCUGCUGAAUCGCCACAAUAGUAAAUCGUGUCAUGAGAUGCUCGAAGAGGGAUAUUGAUAAUGGUUAAUGCUAGGAGAUUCUUGCAUUCUUAUAAAGGCAGCUGUUUAUUACUUAUUACUCCGGGAAGGGUCAACUGAAACUAUUAGAUGAAACUUUGGAGUACUGCUGAUUUCUUUAUCGUUUCGUGAGCCUCUUGUGAAUGGUUGUAACUCGAAGUGUGAAUUGUUCACCAAGACAUUGUCAAAAGCUAGUGUACGUGUUCUAAAGUCAUUCCAUAUCAUACCACAGCAACUUAACCCAUCAGGGUCAAUAAAGGAUUAUAUUUCUGGUCACAUAACAAGCUUAUGGUAUUGCCAUGUCUUUCAGUAGGUGCUAUUGUUCAAUUUUAGUCAGGCACAGACAAUGACAAAAGAGGAGUCUAAGGACAAUCAGAUCACUAUUACUCAGUUCUGCACUACAGGGGAAUGCUUGCUUGUGUGCAGAUACAGUUUAAUAGAAUGUGUGUGUGUAUUACCAAUGGUUCCCUGAACCUACAGGAACAACUUCUGUAUAAAAUGGCCAUCAGUUAGCGCUCUGGGGCCCUCCUCCAAUCAAAGGGAGUUGUCUCAGCUAAAUAAUCUGUCAAGCAUUUUGAUAAACUGCUGUCAGCUGAGAGGACGCCCAUCAAUGUCUCAUCAUUUUAUAUCCAGAUUUUGUAUUGUUAUUUGUAUAAAUUGUAAGCUUUUAUUAUUAUCAUGAUAUUGUAACGAGAUUAUCGUAGUUGAGCCACAGUCUUAUACUUGGUGCUUCGUCACGUUGUGUUAUAUUUGGAAUCUUGUCUCAGUUUCGUAUUGCCAUCUUGAGAGGUUUUGAUUAGUGUCCAAAGCAUUUGUUGGCUUUCAUAAUGUCAUGCUUUCAGUUGUAUUUGAACAAGGUGCUGUCAGUGUUGUACCAGUGUUGAGUCUUGUGUGACACUGCCUGUAAAAGUUGUGAGAAGACUGCUCGAACAAAGAUUACUAUGCAAGUUGUGUAACCAAGGUGCUCAUAGUGUUGCAAGACUUUAUUUUAGUCAGAAAGUGAGAUGAAUUGAUGAAAACUGCCUCAAGUACAUGUGGUGCUGAUCUUGUAGACGCUGUGUUCUGUAUUUGUUGAGGAUACUCAAGGGAUAUACGUAUAGUAAGAGUAUUUUUCUAUGAUUUUAGUGAAAAUGAACUAAAACCCAUCUUUUUCUAUAAAGAUCAACCGGUGUUGUUGACGUAACAGUUUAUGUACAUGUAUGUACUGAUGUUUAGUGUUCGCUGGUGGUGGUACAUGUGUGAUUUCCAAAUGAUGGAUUUAUAUUUCACAGAAUCAUGAGUUAUCUCUUAUACUCUUGAAGAAAACUGCCAUUUACUCAAUUCAGUAACUUUAUUCAUCUUUAAAUGAACAUGGAAAGUCAGUAAGGUAUACACAAGCAUUCAAGCCCAUGAAUCUAAUGCACUCAAACACUCUAUAGAUGAUCACAUGUGUGGUGAAGAUUAUGCUCAGGAGAUAAUCUCCCUAAUUGUCCUAAAUCAGUAUCUCAUCUGUUCUGUACAGUGAAUGAGGGGAGAUGCUACUUAAGCUAAAGAGAGAUUUGUGGGAGGGUUACUCCAAGGUUCUUUUAAGGAGGUCAGAAACAUGUGCAUCAAGGCUAAAAGCAAGCUUAGCAUAAACAAUUUAGCUUGUAAUGAUGGUCCGAUUCCACGACAGCAGGAAACUCAUGAUUUCUGGUCACUUGUAUUGUACGAACAUGUACAUGUAUAGUCACAUGUAUAGUCACAUGUAUAGUCACAUGUAUAGUCACAUGUAUAGUCAUUGCCAAUUAGAAUCAUGUUUGCAUAAUUGAGUCCCACUCGGCAACCUUUAAAAUCAUGUAUCUACAUGUAUACCCAUAAAUUGCUUUUAUAAUAUUAUUCAGAAUGAUGUUGUACAUUGUAUAUAAAUGUGAUUUUGAUAUUGAAUAAAAUAUUGUUUUGUUUAA